UGCGAUGAUUCGAGGAACGAUCCGAGGAAGAUCCCAGAACCAUUGGUCGUUAUGGAUUUGAAAUAUUUUAAGCGAAGACAGUAUACUAUAUUGGAUUCCAUUGCAUUAAUUUCGUAGCUGAGAAGCAAUUUCAACUAACUUUGAUGAUUCGCCUAAAAUAUCCUAUCUAUAUUCCCCUGGCAAUUGUUUUCGUGACCUUGAUAUGGCUGUUGUUUAACUAUAUCACAGGUUGUUACUCAUCAUUGAAUAGUACAUUGAUGGAGCAAUCUCGAAAUGAUUACAACAAAAAAUCAUUGAAUAUCGAGCAACAUCUACAGUCUUUGAUUGAACGAGAAAGAAGGCAAAACCAACUUUUAACAGAAAUAGAAAAUUUAAAAAAUGAUAUGAAAAUGCAACUUAAGAAGAAAAAUUCAUUGAAAAAUGAAUCCAAUGAACAUUUACCAUAUAUUUAUGCAAUUACUCCAACCUAUGAACGUCUCACACAAAAGGCGGAUCUGACAAGACUUUGUCAAACUUUUAAACAUGUUUCAAACUUCCACUGGAUAAUUGUGGAGGAUGCUGAAACAAAAAGGAGUUUAGUUGAAAGAUUUUUAAAAAGAUGUGGAGUAAAAUACACCCAUUUAGCUGUGAGGACAAAACUAGAAUUGCAGAGAGGUGAGAAUGAAAAAAGGUGGAUGAAAGCCCGGGGGGUUGAACAAAGGAAUGCUGGUCUCUUUUGGCUCAGGAGGAGUAUUGAAAGACAUUCUGCAAAUGGAGUUGUAUAUUUCAUUGAUGAUGAUAACACAUAUGAUUUAGAACUUUUUGAACAGAUGAGAUGGACAAAGAAAGUUUCAAUAUGGCCAGUUGGGCUGGUUGGCGGGUUAAAAUGGGAAGGACCAGUGUGUGAGGGUGGAAAAGUGAUCAAAUUUUGGACAGCUUGGGAUUUAACAAGACCUUUCCCUAUUGAUAUGGCAGGUUUUGCAAUUAACAUCAAGUUGAUAUUGGACAAUCCUUCUGCCAUCAUUGAUGUUGAUGCACCAAGAGGCCACUUAGAAUCAUCAUUGUUGAAAUUAUUAGUGACAAGAAAUGAGCUUGAACCUUUGGCAGAUAAUUGUAAAAAGAUCCUGGUUUGGCACACUCAGACUGCUGAUCCCAAAAUGAAACAAGAAAUACGUCUUCAGCAACUUGGCAAAGAGUCAGACCCUUCGAUUGAAGUGUGAGAACUGCUGUGAGCAAAAUCACUUG